AGAAUUUUUUCGGAGCUUAUUCUUCAGAAGUGGGAAACAAGACACCCGUUGCGUCUGUUUCAAUUAGUGUCGUGAACCUCUUAAAAAUACUUCGACCGUUAUUUUGCUACUGAAGUAUAAAUUAUUCACAAACGAAAGUGAUAGGAUGUAUGCAGCUUGGUUUUAAAUAAAUACACGUUGUAGUUAAAGGACAUUAUAUAUUACACCUCAAUGAUGAAGGCUAACCUUAGAAUGAUCAUUUGGAAGGGAAAAUUAAUUCAUACGUUGCUGUUGUGGAUGAUGUUCGUCACAGUGGCGGGAUGGACGGACGAAUCAAAGGGCUCCAGAGAAGAACAUAUGCAAAACAACGAUGUAGUAAAUACGGCAAAAGAACCAUUGCGACAAUACAGUGGGCCGACUGUUCACAACUUUGCCAGACACGGUUUAUGUCGUCACAGAUUCGGUAAAGUCAGAUUCUUCAAGGCGUUAGGGAAAUAUUUCUUGAACAUAUCAGAUGAUAUGAAAAUCACAUUUAUCCUUGACAUAUGUAAAAGACGAGAUCACAUGCUGACAAAAUGGGUAGAGGAACUAUUUGACAUAGACGGUGACGGAUACAUCACCCACUUCGAAAAAGACAUUUACCGCUAAGCCAAUUCUUACAGCAAUUUCGCUAGAAAUUGGUACAAGUGGCAAUGGCUUACCUUAUCACUACCAGAUGUUACAUUUCUGCAGAUACCGAUAAGUUAUAAAGGACAAACUGUCUAAAUCUGAAUGAAACCAAAACGAAAUCUGCAUCGGAUAUAAAAGGGGUCGGAUAACGUAUUAACUAUACCAGGAACUGUUUCUUCGCCAGGAUAUUAACGUAUAGACAACACAUUAUGUUUUGUUACAUUAACUGUUAUCCAGAACUUCAGCACUAUACUCUGUGAUAUUUUUGUGUCUUCUGUUAACGAGUGGAUUGUCUUUAAGGUGUAUUAGCAUUCUGUGAAAUGUUAUUAAGUGUGUUUACGUAAGUAAAAGUAAUAUGUUGAUAGUGCUUUUUACAAUACUAUAAUCGUUAUCUAGACAUACUAUUUACUUACAUGCCUUUAUUCAAAUGUUGUAUUGUGUUUGGCAUGAUUCUUUGUUUACAUAAGUUUUUGUUCAUGCAAGUGCAGAUUUUGCCAAAUUCAGUUAUGCGAUUAAAAAUUGAGUGUAUGUUUAAUACUGUUCAUCCUUCAUCAGUUUGUUAAAAGUGUUAGCUAUAAAUAAGUCCAUACUACAUUUUUGAAACGGGGUGCACCAUUUUCUUGAAAAUUACGUUAAGAGCGUUCUAAUCAAAGUUAUAACAAAUCAUCAAUACCACAUUGGGCUGCUCCCUUUUAACAGUCAGUGUAAUGGAAACUGGGAGUUUCAACUGAGCCAUGAAAACGAUAUUGUAGAACCAGGUUAGUUCAACUCAGUAAGACCCAUGAGUUUAUCAAAUAUUCUGUUUUAAAUGUAAAUACACAAUAUGUUCAUUAUUGCCAAGUUCUCCUGCGACUGUUUCAAAAUGUAUUCCACUUAAAAAAAACAUUUAGAUAUAUACACUAUACCGGAAGGACCAAGGUAAAAAGGAUACUGUCGAUGAUUUUCGGAAAAAGUGCAAAAUGGGUCGUAUACGCGUUGUC